GGAGCGCCCCUUGUGCGGGGAGCUUGGAUAUUCUCGGGGACAAGCUGAUGCUGGCCAAGCGCAGGCGAGAAAUAGAGAGGCAGAUUUUUGAGGAUUACAUCAAAGAGAUGAUAGAGCAGGACAAGGAGGAGGGUACAAAGACGAUUCCGCCGACACGGAUUGUCAAGUACUAUGAUCUUCUGGACGAAGCAUGGGGAUGGAGCAGGCUGCUACUGUUCACCGGCGUGACGAGGUCUGACUACAGCAAGUACCUUGAAGACUAUUACCGACGCAAUGCUCGUGAGCUCGUUCCUGCUGCUGCAGCUGCUACGGGUAGCAGCAGCAUAGCUGCUCUUGCUGAAACUUGUCUCAAGCAGGAGGAACAGCUUGCGUCUGAAUGGAAGAUCCGAAUGGAAUCUAAAACGGAGCAGAUCUUACCGAGCAGAUCAAUCAUCCUAAGUUGCCUGAUACAUGAGCGUGCACAUUCAGUCAUCCGCACAACGAGUUGCAAAUUUUCUGAUGUUUCCUCUGCUGCUUUGUUGGUACGACGUUCCUUACCUGGUCCUAACAAACCAACACAAAAAAUCUUCUUGUACUUGACCAAUACAUGUUAUGUAAUCCUCUCUGCAUUACAAUCACCUAACGUUUGCUGGUACAGACAAUCCUCUCUGAAUUGGAAAGGGGGAAAUCAUCUUUGGAGGGAUUUUUUUCUUUUUUAAAAACUCUCUCCCAACUAUAAUUGAACAUUUUC